AUGGCUGAGGUGAGUAUAUCGACGACAACAUUAUGGCAGAACCGAAAAUGUCUUUUCCUCUGCUCUCUGGUCUCAAUGGCCAACCUGCAAUAUGGAUUUGACCUGGCCGCUAUUGGAUCUCUCCAGGCUAUGCCAGGGUUCCUCAAAGUAUUCGGGUACCCAGACCCAGGAUCUGAGGGGGGUAUGCAAUGGACCACGGUUCAACAACUGAUAACAUCUCUCCUAACCCUGGGUUCCUUCGUUUCUUCACUGGUAGCAGGGUUCUUCUCAGCCUAUCUAGGCCGUCGGCAUGCCUUGUGGCUUGCUUGUAUCGUGAACGCCAUAGCAUGCACAAUUCAAAUAGGCGCCCCCUCAGCAGGAGUUCUAUACCUUGGGCGAUUGUUACUAGGAUUCGCGAAUGGAUUCCUGGUGACAUUCUCCAACAUUUACACUGCGGAGGCAUCACUAGCCCACCUGCGUGGCGUAAUGGUUGCUCUGUUCGCGUACUGGGUGAAUAUCGGUAGUAUACUCGGUGCUGCGGUAGACAACAAGACUAAGGAAAGGAUGGAUCGUCUUUCGUAUCGAAUUCCCUUGGCUUGUCUAUACAUCGUCCCUACGUUCCUCUUCGUGGCAUUGUUCUUCGUCCCCGAGAGUCCGCGGUGGCUUCUCCAUCGAGGAAAAGCACAAGCUGCAAGACAAGCGCUUGAGCAACUCCGCGGUACCAGCUACGCCACCAUCCGCGCUUCAUCCAGCGGCGACGAUAGCAGCGACGAGAUAACCCCAUCUCUCCUAGAACUCGAAUGGGCCGAGAUGGUCAAAGGCGUCGAAGAAGAAAAGCGCGAACAAGGCAACGUCACAGCAUUAGACAUGUUCCGAGGAAUCGACCUCCGCCGCACAAUCCUCUGCUACAGCAUGAUCGGCUGCCAAUCCGCCUCCGGCGUAUGGUUCCUAAUCGGCUACCAAACCUACUUCUUCACCGUCUCCGGCAUAACCAAAGCCUUCGAGUUCUCGAUCAUGAACACCUGCUUCGGCUUCCUAGGCGUCAACAUCGGCAUGUACGCAAUCCGGAACUGGCUCGGUCGUCGCGCAAUCCUCAUGCUUGGCGCCAUCGCCUGCGGCCUAUGCCAGCUAGCAAGUGCUAUUGCCGCGACGGUGAGUCCGAACUCGCUUCCCACGGGUCAGGCAUUGGUCGCGUUCACGGCACUGUUCAUGUUCUUCUAUAAUGGCUGUGUUGGGGCGGCGAGUUACCCUGUUGCGACGGAGUUGGUGAGUUCGAGGUUAAGGGCGUGGACGGUCGGCACGGCUACGUCGUUGGGGUAUUUGCUGGCUUGGUUGGUGAAUUUUUGUACGCCGUAUUUUAUUAAUCCGGAGCAUUUGAAUUGGGGUGCUCGCUAUGGGUAUAUUUGGGCUGGGUCGAACUUGGCGUGUGUGGUUUUCUUUUACUUCUUUAUCCCUGAGAUGAAGGGGCGCUCGUUGGAGGAGUUGGAUGAGAUCUUUGCUGCCAGGGUUGCGGCUCGCAAGUUCAGGUCCUAUCAGUGCCUUAUUGGGGAGGCUGCGAGGAUUGCUGCUGUUCAUGCGGAGGGCCGUAAGCAGAACUGGGAGAUGUAG